AUGUGUGCUAACGCUAACGGCAUCAUGUGUGCUAUCGCUAACGGCAUCAUGUGUGCUAUCGCUAACGGCAUCAUGUGUGCUAACGCUAACGGCAUCAUGUGUGCUAACGCUAACGGCAUCAUCAGCUCUCUGCUGCUGUGGUGCUCUCUGCUGCUGCUGUGGUGCUCUCUGCUGCUGUGGUGCUCUCUGCUGCUGUGGUGCUCUCUGCUGCUGUGGUGCUCUCUGCUGCUGCUGUGGUGCUCUCUGCUGCUGCUGUGGUGCUCUCUGCUGCUGUGGUGCUCUCUGCUGCUGUGGUGCUCUCUGCUGCUGUGGUACUCUCUGCUGCUGUGGUGCUCUCUGCUGCUGUGGUGCUCUCUGCUGCUGUGGUGCUCUCUGCUGCUGUGGUGCUCUCUGCUGCUGCUGUGGUGCUCUCUGCUGCUGUGGUGCUCUCUGCUGCUGUGGUGCUCUCUGCUGCUGUGGUACUCUCUGCUGCUGUGGUGCUCUCUGCUGCUGCUGUGGUGCUCUCUGCUGCUGUGGUGCUCUCUGCUGCUGCUGUGGUGCUCUCUGCUGCUGCUGUGGUGCUCUCUGCUGCUGCUGUGGUGCUCUCUGCUGCUGUGGUACUCUCUGCUGCUGUGGUGCUCUCUGCUGCUGUGGUACUCUCUGCUGCUGCUGUGGUGCUCUCUGCUGCUGUGGUGCUCUCUGCUGCUGUGGUGCUCUCUGCUGCUGCUGUGGUGCUCUCUGCUGCUGUGGUGCUCUCUGCUGCUGUGGUGCUCUCUGCUGCUGUGGUGCUCUCUGCUGCUGCUGUGGUGCUCUCUGCUGCUGUGGUGCUCUCUGCUGCUGUGGUGCUCUCUGCUGCUGCUGUGGUGCUCUCUGCUGCUGUGGUGCUCUCUGCUGCUGCUGUGGUGCUCUCUGCUGCUGUGGUGCUCUCUGCUGCUGUGGUGCUCUCUGCUGCUGUGGUACUCUCUGCUGCUGUGGUGCUCUCUGCUGCUGUGGUGCUCUCUGCUGCUGCUGUGGUGCUCUCUGCUGCUGUGGUGCUCUCUACUGCUGUGGUGCUCUCUGCUGCUGUGGUGCUCUCUGCUGCUGUGGUGCUCUCUGCUGCUGUGGUGCUCUCUGCUGCUGCUGUGGUGCUCUCUGCUGCUGUGGUGCUCUCUGCUGCUGUGGUGCUCUCUGCUGCUGCUGUGGUGCUCUCUGCUGCUGUGGUGCUCUCUGCUGCUGCUGUGGUGCUCUCUGCUGCUGUGGUGCUCUCUGCUGCUGUGGUGCUCUCUGCUGCUGUGGUACUCUCUGCUGCUGUGGUGCUCUCUGCUGCUGUGGUGCUCUCUGCUGCUGCUGUGGUGCUCUCUGCUGCUGUGGUGCUCUCACUGCUGUGGUGCUCUCUGCUGCUGUGGUGCUCUCUGCUGCUGUGGUGCUCUCUGCUGCUGCUGUGGUGCUCUCUGCUGCUGCUGUGGUGCUCUCUGCUGCUGUGGUGCUCUCUGCUGCUGUGGUGCUCUCUGCUGCUGCUGUGGUGCUCUCUGCUGCUGCUGUGGUGCUCUGCUGCUGUGGUGCUCUCUGCUGCUGCUGUGGUGCUCUCUGCUGCUGUGGUGCUCUCUGCUGCUGUGGUGCUCUCUGCUGCUGUGGUGCUCUCUGCUGCUGUGGUGCUCUCUGCUGCUGUGGUGCUCUCUGCUGCUGUGGUGCUCUCUGCUGCUGUGGUGCUCUCUGCUGCUGUGGUGCUCUCUGCUGCUGUGGUGCUCUCUGCUGCUGUGGUGCUCUCUGCUGCUGUGGUGCUCUCUGCUGCUGUGGUGCUCUCUGCUGCUGUGGUGCUCUCUGCUGCUGUGGUGCUCUCUGCUGCUGCUGUGGUGCUCUCUGCUGCUGUGGUGCUCUCUGCGUGGUCUCUCUGCUGUGGUGCUCUCUGCUGCUGUGGUGCUCUCUGCUGCUGCUGUGGUGCUCUCUGCUGCUGUGGUACUCUCUGCUGCUGUGGUGCUCUCUGCUGCUGCUGUGGUGCUCUCUGCUGCUGUGGUGCUCUCUGCUGCUGUGGUGCUCUCUGCUGCUGCUGUGGUGCUCUCUGCUGCUGUGGUGCUCUCUACUGCUGUGGUGCUCUCUGCUGCUGUGGUGCUCUCUGCUGCUGUGGUGCUCUCUGCUGCUGUGGUGCUCUCUACUGCUGUGGUGCUCUCUGCUGCUGUGGUGCUCUCUGCUGCUGUGGUGCUCUCUGCUGCUGUGGUGCUCUCUACUGCUGCUGUGGUGCUCUCUACUGCUGUGGUGCUCUCUGCUGCUGUGGUGCUCUCUACUGCUGCUGUGGUGCUCUCUACUGCUGUGGUGCUCUCUGCUGCUGUGGUGCCGUUGAGCAGGACACCUCUCUCCUUCUCAUGA